CGUCGAAUGUCCAGCGGAGCCGAUCUCGGUAGGAAGGGGUCUCUCUUCCUUUCCCUUCUUUUCUCAUUCAUCGGAGCUGGGCUCUCAAUCGCCGCAAUUCUCACACCCUCCUGGCAAAUCGUAAACCUUCGCGAGUAUGGAUCGAUCCACGAGCACGGUCUGUGGCUGGAUUGUACAAGGCAUAGCAGAGAUGGAAAUCAUAUUUUGCAGAGAUACGCCACAGUAACCGAGCCUCUACACUGCGUGUACAAAUUUGACUAUGACAAGUAUUCGGGAACAUUCGAGCUUGAGGACGACAACAGUCCAGUUGGAGAAGUCAAUAGGCACAAGUUCUAUGGCUGGCACACGUCUACCAUGAUCCUUCUCGGAUUCGCUCUCCUCACCACGGGUCUCUCGACAUUCAUCGGCGCCUGCGCAUGCUGUCACUCGUCUCUUGCCCUAUUCUUCACAAUAAUUACAUUGUUGACAACUCUCCUCUCCGCGAUUGCCGAAGGAAUCUUCUUCUUCUACUCCCACCGUGCCGACAAUCGAUUCAUCAAAGGAAUCGUGGGAACCUAUGAGCAGAGAGUUGGAACUGCAUUCUUCCUUCAAAUGGCUGCAGCUUUCUGCCACUUGAUCUCAUUCCUUAUCGCCAUGUUAUUCACAUACUUCUCAUUCGCAUCUUCAAAGGACUCGGAUGGUUUCAGCAUUCAGAGAUCCAGCAGGACGAAUGUCACUAAUAUUGGAAGAUCAAUCGAAUUCGACGCCCCACUCAUGUACCCUCCACAGACCCCAAUUUCUGGAUUCAGAGCCGCAAGUUAUAUGGAUGAUAAGCCAGUGAUUGCAGAGAGCAUGCCAGAGCUCGGCCACAGAGGCGCCUACCCCUCAAAUGACUUCCUCUCUUCGAGAAUCCGCAGGAAAAGUGAGACUUGUGUGUGAAUAAUAUGUUUUUUUUUUCGAAUUUUUGAAUUUCCGUGCCUUUACUUUCCAAUUUUUCUGAAUUCGCUAUCACCUUAUCACUUCCCACUGAAAGAAAUCUCAAAAUCACUCAAGAUGACAGCACUGCAUUUUAUCGAUUUUUUAAAAUAAUUUUAUGUGACUACUUUGUAAUGCUCAACUCGUGUAGUGCGUCUUUGUGAAAAAUAUAAAUAUUUGAAUAAAUUUCAAGUUUUCUG